AUGAGUAUACGGGUGAUAUCGCCCUUCCUGCCGGCUAUCAGAAGACGGUGUCCUGGUAACCUUAGGCGUCGGGAAUCUGUUUCUUCGUGGAGCGGACUCUUCAUCGUCGCGUCCGAAAGAGCUGCUGCUGAUGAUGUAAUGCCCUUUGAGAGGGCUUCUUCUUCGUCUGAAAACAGCUGCCUGGGAUUUGAAAAGGAGGUUCUCCUCUAUUCCUUCGAAUCCGCCGGUUCCUUUCCUUUAUCAUUUUGCUUACUGUUCUGGAGUAAACACUCUAAUUCAUGGAAAUUUGUACGAACAAACUCCUGUAUUUCUUCUGCCGUCGGCUUAGGCCGGGACGAUCCUUCCUCCGGGGUGUCCCAGAGAGUGAGUGAGGCGGUGAACACCAUGUGGUCUCCUCCAGGAGUUUUCUGUUCGUUCCCUGGAGUAACCAUGGAAGGCGUUUACCCUGAGGAGAGUUAUCAAGGAUUUGUUCCUUUUAGCACUAACGACAAAGAAAAAGCUCGUUGUUUAUCUGAUGAAUGGUCAGACGCUUUUUGCACGUACCCCAAAUUUGUAUUUAAUGGGAAUAAUCAAGAGGAUGUCGAUGAUACUUUGCUGAGAUACAAAUCCCAAGGGAACUUGUGGCUUUGUUAUCAGUUUGAAAUUACCAUGACGGAUUUCAAUGAUGAUGUUGAUGCAACCCGCUUGGAUAAAUGGCUGAAAACAGCUGUAGAGAAUGGAGUCAAAGAGCUUAAGAUUCAUCUCAAACAUCCUAAUGGUGGUUCAUGCUACGUUAUACCGGACUGCAUUCUUGAAGCUAAAUCUUUGACAAUGUUGUCCCUUGAAAAUUGCAAAUUUCCGAACAAGAUGAAUAGCAACAAUAUUUCGACGGCUUUGUGUAGCAACAUCCACACUUUAGAGUUGCGACAUGUCACAAUGGAUCACCAUACCUUUUCUUCCUUCCUUAUUGCGGGCAAAUCUUUGACAAGGUUGUCUCUUGGAUUUUGCGAGUUUCCGAACAAACUGAAUAAUGUUCCGAUUUUACGUACAAACAUCCGCAGUUUAGUCCUGAUGAGAGUCACAAUCGACAAUGAUUCGUUUACUUCCUUCCUCGCGGGAUGUCCAUCGAUUGAGCAUCUGAGGAUCGAGUACUGCCCAAAGUUGAGAAAAGUGGAGUUGAUCAAUGUCCCCAGCUGCCUCAAAGAAGUUGAGGUUUGCGGGAACUGUUACCCCGGCUUAGUUGGAUUUCAAGCACAUCAAAACCUGGAGAGCUUGAAAUUAGAGAACAUGAUUGUUAAUGGGACAUUCUUUGACGGCGAUUUCGGGAACAAAUUUCCACAGCUAAGAUCGCUCGUUGUUUGGGAUUGCCAUGGCUUUGCAAAACCGAAGUUAACAAGUGGUUCACUCAGGAAUCUAAGUUUCAGUCCUUCCGAUGAUGGGGCGACACACGAAGUAGAGAUUAGUGCUCCCAGCCUCACAAGUUUUGAUCUUGGUGUAUUUGGAGACAAUUUUCCAAAAGUAUGUUUGAUGGCUGGUUCCCCACGAUUGGAAUGUCGUGUAGCUCUAUAUUUUCAUUCUGUUAAAGAUAGGUCCUGGUUUCUAAGCCUGAACAAAAUGUUGUCGGGUUUAGUUCCGUCCCAAAUAUCACUGAAAUUCGUUUUGAGAAGAGGAUUCGAUUCAGACAACAAUGGCAACCUGUCGGAACCUUCCGCUGAGGUAUUUGAUGGUUCGUUCUUGGAUUGCUGUCCUAGUACUAUCACCCUACAUUUGUUUGACAAUGGAAGGGCUUUAUGCAUGUUUGAUUCCCUGCAGCAAAAGUUGAUUGAAAUGCAUAAUCAGGGCAGGCUAAAGGAAAUUCGGAGGUCUGUUUUUCACCAAAAACAAGAAAAAUGCCCGAAACUGCUUCAAGAUAAUUGGGUGAGUUUGUCAAAUGUUGUAUGCAAGUACUGUGAAGAGCACACAUUAAUUCGUUUUGAGUUAGGAUGGAAUCUCCCUUCUAGUUGUUCUAGCAAUACAACUUUGUUGAUGAACCAACAAAUCAAACGUUUGAGGAUUGAGGAUUAA